AUGCCGUACACGAAGAAACGCCAACAUGUCGCGUCCGACAGCGAUGCCGAACAGCCGCUGCCGCAAACCGCUAAACGUUCUAAGAAUGAGAAGAAGGUGAAAAAGGAACUUAGCCAGGGUACCGAUGGCGAUGGAAAUCCGUACUGGGAGAUUGGCAACACCCGUCGCAUCAGCACCGCCCAGUUCAAGGGCAUGUCGUUGAUCAAUAUCCGCGAGUACUAUACCACCCCCGACGGCGAGGUGCGGCCGGGCAAGAAGGGCAUUUCCCUCACCCUCGACCAGUACAGCGCACUGCUCAAAGCAAUCCCGGAAGUCAACGAGAAGCUCCGUGCGGACGGUCACGAAUUGGGUGAUGCGCCUGCUGGGGCAGAGACGGACGCGAGCGACGCGACGGCGGUGAAGACGGAGAAGUCGGCCAAGACAAAGCCACAGAAGGCGAAUAUUGAGGCGACCAGCGACGAAGAGGAGUGA